AAGCAGUGAAUGGAGCGGUGCGCGAGGAGCAAACACGGGCGGGCAGCAGACGCGCGCCUCUCACAGUUGCCAAGUCUGGCGGUGCGCUAUAGCGAGUGGCGACGGUAAAAUGAUCCUCAGGUCCACUAUACACACGUACACACACGCCUCCACGCCUGACACUACGCCAGGCACACGAGAGCCACGCCCAGGUCUCCAAUAAACGCGUGUGUUACAAGGACGAGUCGCUGAUGGGGUGAGGCGAGCAAGGGAGUGGAGGCUGUGUCGCUUGGCUGCAGCAGGCGACACAGAGGCAGUCUCAGUGACUCAGUGUGCCGACGGGCGGGAGUGAGGUGGGAGCUGUUCAGUGCCGCCUCCGCCGCCGCCCUCACCGCAGCCUCAGGGGAGUGCCGUGUUCUUUCUGGAGACGAGGCAGUGCCAUCCCCCGUGUCCCUCACCACUCCAGCCACGAGCCUUAGCGAGUAGGAUGCAGGAGUCGUGGUGACGCCCCGCUGCUCGGCAUGGAGGGAGGAUUUAGGAAAAAGAAUAGAUAAAGAGAAAGAGGAAUAGAACCACCACCACCACCAUCACCACCACCACCACCACCACCACCACCACCACCACCACCACCACUUCCAUCACUACAACAAGCACCAAUCUUAUCACUUACUGCUUCCCCACAAAAUAUCACCACCACCCUCACCACCACCUUCACCACUCCUGCAGCUUGUGUCCGAGCGCCCAUCAUUGUGGUGGUGGCGGCGGUGGUGACGAUGAGUGGGACAGCCCCUGCGCCGCUUGUCCUGGUGUUGGUGUCCGCCCUGCUGCUGUCCUGCAACGUGUUCUGGCUUUACUCCACCACUGGGCACACACAGAGAGCAGCCAGUGUGUGUGUGCCGGAGGUGGAGGCGUGGGGUACAGCAGCAUCUAGUGGAGUCAACAGCAGCGGUGCCCCAUACAGGCGAGAUUACCAGCGUGUAGUGGGCAGUGGCCAGCGAGACGUGCCCUUCCCCAUCCCUGUGCCCAAUGAUACAGUUUUGCUGGGCACUGAUCCUGAGGCUGAGGACGGACCUCUCCGUUACCUCACCAUUGGGAUCUCGUCUGUGUGGCGCAAGGAUGACUACCUCACCCGCACCAUUGACUCCAUCCUGAAGGAGACAACGCAGGAGGAGAAGGCUGACAUUUUUAUCUUCCUGCUGCUUGCUGACGCCGAUGCCAGCCUGAGGUCCCAGAGAGCAAUUGACUUAGGAGUGAGGUACAGCAAGGAGAUACAGAGAGGGUUACUGAGAGUGCUGCAGCCGCCCUCAGCUCUCUAUCCAAGCAUUGACUUCACGGCCAUCAGGAGGACCUACAAUGACUCUGUGGCAAGGGUGCAGUGGCGGACUAAGCAGGUGCUGGACUUUGCCUUCCUGUUCUGGUACUCUUGGAGCCGCCACCCCUCCAGCUACUAUUUGGUGCUGGAAGACGAUGUGCUGAGUGCCAAGCAUUUUGUCACUGCCAUUAAAGACUUUGUUGCUCUCCACAAGGGACACCACUGGAUAUCCCUGCAGCUGGCCGGCUUCCUUGGCAUUGGUCAGCUGCUGCGAUGUGGAGACCUGGAGCGCCUGGUGUCCUUCCUACUGCUAUUCUAUCGGGAGCACCCAGUGGACGUGCUCAUCAACCAUUGGGUGUCCCUCAUGGCGCCAGAGAAACCCCCCAAGGACCGCCCCACCAGGAGAGUCCCAGGGUUGUUCCAGCACAUUGGCGUCCACUCAACCUUGGCCAAUAAAACGCAGUCCCUCAAGGAUAACACUUUCAGUCUGGUGAAGCGACGAUUCUCCCAUGUCAACCCAACAGCGGAUGUCGUGACCACCAUCCGCCAGUACAAGGCCUACCUGGCAGAGCACGCUUACUCUUCCGCUCCGGGAAUGUUCUGGGGCAUCCCUCGGCCUGGAGACUCCUUCGAUGUCCUCUUUGCCGAGCCACUUAAAGUGUCCAGAGUCGUGGUGCUGACUGGUGCAGUGAUUAACAAGAAGGUUCGAGACAGACUGCUCAAUGGGUCGCUGGAGGCCUCACCAACCUUCGUCAAGAUGGAGACACCCAAGAAAGCUUUAUGCAAGAGUUUCACACACAUUCAGAACUUCAAGAAUGGGGAGGUGGACGCUGAACACCUGCGAACUACCUUCCCUCAGGGCAUCCAGUGCAUCCGAGUGGCCAUUGGUCCCCGCCAGAGGUCCUGGGUGGCCAUCACAGAGGUUGCAGUUUUCACGGAGGAUGACCAGGCCGUUGUGUACAGCCCAGUCACUGUCACUCGGGUCUCUUCCAACAGCAUCACUUCUGCUCACACCACCAGUAACUCAAAGGCAAGCCAGCAGCCACAACUCACCAAUGCCAUCAGAAAACACUAGCAGGAGACAUUUCAUACAUGUGGUGGUAAUGCAUAAGGACACAUUACCUGAAAAAGAAAACCGAGUCAGACCAGCUAUUGGCAUGAGAGCAAGUUAUCAAUUUCUUCCCUGCGACAGAUGAACAAUAACAAGGACAAAUACUGUAUACUGAUAGAAACAAGGUACAAAAGAUGAGUCUUGCCUACGGAGUGCCACAAGUAGGGACUGUCAUGGGGUGUUGUUUAGAUAUACGACUAGAAUGUAGCAUUUCAAAAUGGAGGAGGAGAAGAUUAUGACAUGAGAGGAGUGAAUGAUAUAUAUUUAGCAAGUCUGGAAUGGGAGACAAUUACGUGAACUGCAAACAAGGAAUUGUGUGUCAGGGAAGAACAGGGAGUGGGGAAUUGUGUGUCAGAAAGGAACAGGGAGGAACAGGGGAAAGCAUUUGAGAAAGCAGUGACUUGUAAAAUGUGCAAACAUUUCAUUUAGCCAUUCUUUUAUUGUGUCUUGAUUGAGUUUAGUAAUAUUGUACCGAUUGAUUCAACUUUUGAGUAGCUUAGUGUGCUGUAAGGUGUGCAAUGUACUCAUGGUACUGCUACCGUUUGUGUGUCAGGGGUAGACUGAACAGGUGACAAGAAUUAAAGGAAGCCACAAGUAACUGUCAGGCCUGCAUGUGGCAGUUCCCGUUUAGUUGGUGGUUAGUGGACUAGUGGGUAGCAUGUGGGAUGGUUUGAAGGCACUCUAGGUUGUGAAUGAGGGUCUCCAGAUAGUGUUGUGUCCAGCCUUCACCUUCCAAGGACUGUGGCAAAGAAGUAUAAGCUUUUUUUCAGUACAUAGUCUGAUUCUAGAAAACAGGGCAAAGCAGGGAAUAACCAAAGAAGGGUCUACUGACUUGUGAAUGCAGAGAUGUGCUGGUAGAAUAAAAACAAUUCAAGGCCAGUCACUGGUCAGGUUCUUUGUUAUUUUGUGAAGCAAUGUGGAUCAUGUUAAUUAGGGAAGGAAAUGUGUACAUGUGUCAUGUAAUACUUCAAGAAACAGGAAAAAUGUUCUCUGUGAAAUAUUUAGAGAAGAAAACUAAAUGAAAACAUGAAUUUUGCAGAAAAUGAGAAACAUAAAAAUCAUAAGUUAUGUUAAGGAAAUGGAUUAGAAAAUUAAGUGAGAAAAGAAGGAUUAAUCUGAAAUCAUUUUCUUUCUUAAAGACUUUUAGAGAAGUGAAAGGUGUUUGCUUUGUAGAAAACUAUGAGCAAAGAAUGCAAGGAUGAAUAAUCAAAUUUACCUUUACUCUAUUUUGUUGAUGUUUGUGCAUUAGUGCAGUAAUGAUGCUGUCCAUCCCAAGACAGGCAGUGCUUACACUCGCCUCACACAAGCCAGGAACCCUGACUCAUCUCAUGCCAAAGACUAACUCUUCCAGUAAUGCUUUAAUCACCCAUCAUUUGUUUAGGUUGUGUAGUGAUAGUGACCACUGAAGCUUCAAUACCAUCUCUUCAUCAUUCAGCAUCAUAGGAAUUCAUAAUGCAUCAUUCCAGUGUGCAUUUUUCAUUCUUAGUAAAUUGAAUAGUUUUAUCCAUUUUCUUCCUGCAUCAGGUUGUCAUUCAGCUUGUUUUGUUGACGUGUGAGUGUAUUGGUUCUCUAUUUCAAAACUCACACAGUGUGUAGUUAGUCAAGACACUUGUGAGAGGCUGCUGCUGUUGCUGAUGAGGUGCAAACAAUGAGGUCUGACACUUGUGGCAGCCACUGAGGUGCAGGUCUGUGCUAAGUAAUGUAUGUAGUACAAUGUCAUCACACUUCAUCAUACUCAAGGUCUUCUCUCCCUUAGUCAGCAUUUUAGCAUUCCAAGCACUUAGUGUCAGGUAAACAUUGUCUCCUUCACACACACACACACACACACUCUUGGUCAACCAACAUUAAAAACAAGCUUUUUGUAGUUUUCAUUGUAACAGUUACAUUUUCAUAUGCAGGAUAUUUCUCCUUAACUUGAGAGAAACCUUUGUAACUUCAUUUUUCAUUGGCUUGCUUCACCGGAUCUGCUGUCUUCCCAUCCUGAGAACUGACAGGUACUGAUAGGUGCUGCAGAGUGGGACUGCUGCAGUGUUAGAGUGAUUUUGGGAUAGGAUUUGACUUUCAAGUUCUGCUGUGCCUAGAUUGUCCAUGGUGGGUCUUCAGUAAAGGUGGUAGACAAUAAAUCUCAGGUUGACCCAGGAAUACUUUACUUCUCUUGCACUUUUAUGUUUCCACUGCAAGUCUUCCUCAGAGAUUUGAGAUGUAAGAGGAAGAUUUGUAGUAAAAAUAUAAGUAAACUAUUCUUGGUAGUGAAGUAUUCUUGGGUCAUGAGGUUUGUCUACCACCUUCACAACUGUAUCAUCAUGGUAGGUUUUCUGCUGCACAAUUUAUUUGUAUCUGAGUAGCAGUUUUGGCAUCUGCAUCUAAAGGCCCUUCUUCCAUACUCCUGGCAAAUGCAUAGCAGGCACUCUCCCUAUUUGCCUGAAAUUCUCACUGUGAAAAUUGUGUUACCAGAUAAAACUGUCCAAUUUAAGGCAGGCAGGCAGGCAAACGUAAGACUUGGACGCCAGGCAGAGAGCAGUGCAAUCGAAGCUGUGUCUGGCACAUCCACCAGUGAGCUAAGCUAAUAGUACUUUAUAAUAUAGUUUAAUGGAGGCAAGAGAAGGGUGGUAUAAUAUAGUUUAAUGGAGGCAAGACCACCCUUCUCAUCUUCAGCAGAGAAUGACAAAAACCACCUCUGUUCAUGCAGUAUUGACUUGUCUGGCAACAUCUAGUCAGGGGCCCAUCCAGUGCCUCAACAGGUUUGUCCCUGGUUUCCUGGCCUAUGACCUCUCAUGAUCACUACCCUUACCACAAAAUUGGUAACAGUGUCCACCCAGCAUGCAAUUGCCCGGAAGGGCCUUGAGUAAGCACUUAAUUAAAUAAGCAAUGAAGCAGCAGUUUGCAUUUGUAAGCAGUUUUGCUUUAGUUUAGUUAACUUUGGUCCCACAGUGAAUUGCACAGCCCACAGCCGUGUCCUGAUCUGUUCUGCCUUCAUUGUUGCUCACCUUUCUUAUAUUUGUUCCAUAAUUUUGCUGUGAUAAUUAUUUUUAAAUAACUAGAUGUAUCAAAGGCC